CCUCCGGUGAUAAAUCGUGGAAUUUAACCCACCGCACGCAGCAACUGCACUUUAUCAUCUGAAUGGGAACUUAUGAUCGCGUGGAGCAGAUCAGAGGCGGCCGCUUCUCAGUGAUGGUGCAGGAACAGGGCGGAUCUUAGGACCCGAGGAUUCAAUCCUCGCUGGAUAAUAAAAGUUGGGGUUAUGCGUGUUGUCGACGUGCGACAAGCAAAACCAGGCGUCCAGCGUGCUCCAAGUCGUCCGUGGCCAGCUCGGCUCUGUGCGCGGCGCACAUUGCGGUGGCGCAACGGCAGCCAGCCAGCUGCGGGGCCGUGAACCCGAUCCGCCGCUGGGUGUCUUCGCCGUAGACGAGCGAGACGCCGCUGUGGGCUGGUCCGUCGGUGUUUACCGGAAGAGAGGGCGUGAAACGUGGGACUCAUGUUGGCCGAUCCCGGCGCACGUCUAAGAGAGGAACCGGCGUGGAUGCGCUCCCGUUAGUCUGCGCGAGCGGCGAAUCGAAGCGGCGCGGCGCGAGCGGGACAGCCCCCGUGGAUCCCCCGCGACCGGAGCGCGUAACGGGACUCGAACACGCCCGGGGGACCCAUUCGCUCCGGUGGGACCGAGCGAGCGCAGCCUGGCCCGGGUUGCGUUGUUGCUGGUGGGCGCCCCCCAGGUCUCUCCCCGCCACCAGCCCCCCGCCGACCAUGGCUACGAGCAGUGACCCCGGCUCCGAGACGGCCAGUCUCACCGACAUUAUGGGCGCCAUGACGACUAGCGACUCGGACGCCCGCGGCGUGAGGAACGGCGGCGCCCGGCAGGACGGCGCCCAGGUGAGGAGGAGCCGCCCGCCGGCGCCUCACCUGAGCGGAAGGAAGCUGUCGCUGCAGGAGAGAGGCCCGUACCGCGCCUCUGGAGGAGGGUACACGCACGUCUCGCCUCGCGUGGCUCGAAGGCCCACGGUGGAGUCCAAGCGUGUGUCUAUAUCGGACUCUCAGGACUGCAUCCAGUUGAACCAGUAUAAGCUGAAGAGUGAGAUAGGAAAGGGCUCCUAUGGCGUGGUCAAACUCGCCUACAACGAGGAUGACGACAAGCACUAUGCCAUGAAGUUGGUGUCCAAGAAGAAGCUAAUGAAGCAGUGUGGUUUUCCGCGUCGCCCACCGCCACGGGGACCCAAGGCACCCCAGGGGGAGCAGCCCAAAAUCCUGGGACCCCUGGAGAGGGUCUACCAAGAGAUCGCCAUCCUUAAAAAGCUAGAUCACGUCAACAUCGUCAAGCUGGUGGAGGUGCUGGAUGAUCCUGCAGAGGACAACCUUCACAUGGUGUUUGAGCUGAUGCGAAAGGGUCCAGUGAUGGAAGUGCCUACAGACAGUCCUUUCUCAGAGGAGCAGGCCAGGUUAUACUUCAGAGACAUCGUCCUGGGCAUAGAAUACUUGCACUACCAAAAGAUCGUCCAUCGGGACAUCAAGCCUUCCAACCUGUUACUGGGGGACGACGGCCACGUGAAGAUAGCGGACUUCGGCGUCAGCAACCAGUUCGAGGGCAACGACGCGCUGCUGUCGAGCACGGCCGGCACCCCCGCCUUCAUGGCACCGGAGACCCUGUCGGACAAGCGCAAGAGCUUCAGCGGAAAAGCUCUGGACGUGUGGGCCAUGGGAGUCACUCUCUACUGUUUUGUCUUUGGGAAGUGCCCCUUUAUCGACGAGUACAUAUUGGCUUUGCACAACAAGAUAAGGACCAAGACUGUGGAUUUCCCUGAAACACCGAGCGUCAGCGAAGACCUGCGCACCCUGAUCUUGCGGAUGCUGGAUAAGAACCCAGACGUCCGGAUCACCAUCCCUGAAAUCAAGGUGGACCAGUGGGUGACUCAGGGCGGCGCUGACCCCUUACCUCUGGAGGAGGAGCACUGCUUCGCCGUAGAGGUGACGGAGGAGGACAUCCAGAACUCGGUCAAGUUUGUUCCCAGUCUCUCUGCAGUGAUCUUGGUUAAGGCCAUGCUGAGGAAGCGCUCGUUCAGUAACCCCUUCGACUGCCCCAGCAGGAGGGAGGAGAGGUCCAUGUCUGCACCCGGCAGCCUGCUCAUGGACUCGUGGCCCUUCCGGCCCUCUUUAAAACUCCACCCCUCGCUCAGAAAGAGCAGCACCGGAGACGGCCCCAGAGAGGGAGAGCUGGAGGACCUGCAUGAAGAUGAGCCCUCCUCCUGAAGGUCCCCUCACCAGCACCUCACUGCUGGAGGAAACACUUGCAUCCUGUUAAUAUUCACAAUAAUGCGCUCAGGCUUCUCUUCUUGCGUCUUUCUGCCCCCCCC